AUGCCUGUCACACUUACAAAAGUGCACAAGCACAUCUCUAAGAAGCGUGGCAAGGUUGAAGCCCUCCAUGAGUUCAGUCGAGAUGCUCGACGGUUACGCCGUGCUGGUGCCCGAGAUGACCGAGUGGCUUCCUCUAAUACGACUACAAUGAAGGCUCGCCAGCCAUACAUGGACCGGAUUGAUUACUUCCACGACGCUGUUGCGUCCCUCGAGGAACCCUUAUCUGAUUCAGAAAUGGCUGAAUUGGUCCAGCAAUGCAUCAAUAGAGAUGUGGAGGAGAUUGAACAGCUCAAAAAAGAACAACGCAAAGGUCGCCCUCCCACUCGCCGACAAGAGGCCCUGACACAGAGGACACAGACAGAAGAGAAAGAAUUUAAGACUGGUUUCUGGAUGCCGGACUUAACUGAUGCCUCUGUACUUGUGGCGUUGAAGAAGUGGAAUGCACAAUGGUCAGGUCUCAGUCAAAUGAAGUUCAUGCGACUGCUACAGUCUGGAGAGAAGAAAGCCUCAAGUUUCCCGCCCAAUGGCAUGUCAUGA